AUGAUCAUUACAACAUGGAUUGUGUACAUCUUUACCCGGAAAACUAUAGGGCUACCCUUCCCACCAAACACAAACUCGGACAUUGAAGUUGUGGAAAGUGAAGCUGUAUCUGUAGUACAGCACUGGUUGAACAAAACGGAAGAGGAGGCUUCUAGGAGCAUAAAGGAGAAGAUGUCUAACAACGCCCCUUCGUGUCAUGGACAUGACGUACAUGUGACCAGAGAUUUGGUGAAGCAUCAUCUCUCCAAGAGUGAUAUGUCAGUAGAACCUAAUCAGGAAUUGCUGGAGGAGAGAACAAGGAUCCAGUUUAUAAGAUGGAGCCACACUCGUAUCUUCCAAGUACCAAGUGAAAUGAUAGAAGAUGUCAUGCAGGAGCGAAUAGAUCAAGUGAGACGAAGCAUAUCUCAUCUCACGUGUGACUCAUAUGAUGACCCAAGCUUCAGAACUUCUUGCUCAGAAUGCUAA